AUGGAACACACCCUCUUCUACGACCACCCCGCCGACCUCUGGUCCGAGGCCAUGCCCAUCGGCAACGGCCGACUCGGGGCCAUGGUCCGGGGCACGACAAAUGUCGAGAGAUUCUGGGUCAACGAAGACUCCGUGUGGUACGGAGGGCCCCAGGACCGCGUCAACCCGGCCGCCAAAGAGAAUCUGGCUAAGAUCCGCACGCUCAUCGACGAGGGCCGCAUCCGUGAGGCAGAGAGGCUGACGAUCAAGUCCUUCACGGGGAUGCCGGAGGCCAUGCGCCAUUACGAGCCGCUGGGCGAUGUCCUGCUCCAAUUUGGCCAUGGCGCCAGCAACAUCCCCGCGAACUACCGCCGAGCUCUCGAUCUGGCUACGGGCGUCGCAAAGGUCGACUACAGAUGGGAGGACAACCAGUACAGUCGUGAGGUCUUUGCCAGCACGGCUGACCAGGUCCUCUGCGCCAGCGUCACCUCGAACAACGCCCCGCUUUCGUUCUCUCUCGCGCUGAACCGCGGCGACCACGACGAUUACGACCGCAAGCUCAACAAGACGUUCGACUCGCUGCGUCAUAUACCUGGUGGGAUGGUCCUUUCGGGAACAAUGGGGGGCAAGGGCGCCGUCGAAUUUGCGCUCGGUGUGAAGGUCGUCAUCGAGGGCGGAGAGGGGACUGUGGACGUCAUGGGGACCGACAUCGAGAUCUCAGUUGCAGCCGGCGCACGUGUGGUGAUUCUCGUAUCGGGCGAGACGACGUACCGCCACGCUGACCCUGUCGCAGCAGCUACAGACCGGUUGAGCAGCGCUGCGAAGAAGCCCUGGAGCCAACUGCUCGAGGCGCAUACAGCCAUCUUCUCUCCCUUGUACCGACGGGUGGUAUUGACCCUGCCAGAGAGCAAUGAUGGUUCAAGCAAUCCGAAUUCUCUUCGUCUUCUUCCCACCGAUCAACGAUUAGAGAGACUACGGCAGGCACAUGGAUCGCCUGGAGUGGAAGACCACGGUCUCGCAGCCCUGCUCUUUCACUAUGGGCGUUACUUGCUCAUCAGCUCAUCACUUUCCGGUCUCCCCGCCAACCUGCAGGGGAUUUGGAACUGCGAUGCGAUGCCAGUCUGGGGUUCCAAAUACACCAUCAACAUUAACAUUCAGAUGAACUACUGGCCGGCGGAGGUCACCAAUCUGCCGGAAUGCCACGCCGUGCUGUUUGAAUUCCUGGAGAAGCUGAGCACACGCGGCGCCCAGGUCGCGCGCGAUAUGUAUGGCUGCCGCGGAUGGGUGACGCACCACAACACUGAUCUGUGGGCGGACGCUGCACCGCAGGACCAGGGCGUUUGCGCGACGUACUGGAACCUCGGCGGCGCCUGGUUCUGCACGCACCUGUGGGAGCACUACCAGUUCCAUCGCGACGAGGCCUUCCUGCGCCAGGCCUUCCCGCUCAUGCACGGCGCGGCGCUGUUUUUCGUCGACUUCCUCAUCGAGCGAGACGGAGAGCUCAUCACCUCGCCCAGCACUUCGGCCGAGAACUCAUACUACUUUACGACACCAACAGGAACAACAACAACAAAGAGCGUCGGUUCCCUCUGCGCGGGACCAGCGUGGGAUGCGCAGAUCCUGCGGGAGCUGUUCGCGGCGUGCAUCGCCGCCGGAAAGGUCUUGAACGAGCCGACGGCCGAGUUCGAGACCGUACUGGCCAAACUGCCGCAACCCCAGAUCGGCCGACACGGGCAGAUUAUGGAGUGGCGCGAGGACUACGACGAGGUGGAAAUCGGCCACCGCCAUAUCUCGCAUCUGUGGGGUCUAUUCCCCGGAUCGACGAUCAAGGGGGACAAACUCCACGCCGCCGCCAAACGCACCCUCGAGCGCCGCCUGUCAGGCGGAGGCGGCCACACAAGCUGGAGCAUAGCCUGGAUCCUGUGUCUGUAUGCCCGGCUGCGCGACACCGCGGGCGUCGAACGCGCCAUCAACCAGAUGCUCGGCCACUCCGUGCUCGACAGCAUGCUCACCACGCACCCGCCCUUCCAGAUCGACGGCAACUUCGGCUUCACCGCCGCCGUGGCGGAGAUGCUCCUCCAGAGCCAUGACGGCGACUACGUCGAUCUGCUGCCCUGUCUGCCCCCUGCGUGGGAGGAAACGGGCAGCAUCAUCGGCUUACGGGCUAGGGGUGGGCUCGAGAUCGAUCUCAAAUGGAGUAAAGGCAAACUGAUCGAGGCUGGAGCCAAGUCCAGCCUCGCUCAGACUAGGAUGUUUCGCAUUCCUGGCGAGAGGCUCGUCGGUGGUGUGAGUAAGGAGUUGACCGUUGACCUGCAGGCAGAUGUGCGGGUUUGUAUCUACACUGUUACUUAA